UCUGCUUCCUUCUCAAUCUCACACCUUUCAAUAGCUUUUUAUAACUAAACACAUUUCUCCUACUUUUCCCUCGUCUUAAAUUCAGUGUCAAAUUCUGGCAAUGGCCACCAAUGAGAUUGCCCCAACUCUUCAAAAACACAGUAACAACCCCAUUUGUCUAUCAGAAAAUUCUGAUGUUUCAACCCCACUACAUUGGAAGAAGGCUGCUGAGGCCCUCCAAUGUUCCCAUUUUGACCAAGUUCAUCAAAUGGUGUCACAGUUUUCCCAGGCUCAAACUGUUGAUAUCCAGGGCACAACUCUCACUGUUGCUGAGGUUACCGCCAUUGCACGUAGAAAUGAAGUGAAAGUUAACCUUGAUGAGACUGUUGCUCGUGACCGAGUGGCGAAAAGUGCCAAUUGGGUUGCUGAAAACAUCUCUCGCGGGACUGAUACAUAUGGUGUUACGACUGGUUUUGGUGCCACUUCACAUAGACGCACCAACAAAACUGCUGAUCUUCAAACGGAGCUUAUUCGUUUCCUGAAUGCUGGAGUAAUUGGUAAAGAAAAUCUUCCUUCCAGUUAUGCAAAGGCGGGAAUGCUUGUCCGUGUAAACACUCUCAUGCAGGGCUAUUCGGGCAUACGUUGGGAGAUACUUGAAGCAAUGGCCAAGCUUAUGAACAAAAAUUUGAUCCCUAAACUGCCUCUAAGAGGAACUAUUACUGCUUCAGGUGAUCUUGUGCCAUUGUCUUAUAUCGCUGGGUUGAUAACAGGUCGCCAUAAUUCCAAGGUGGUUACUCCCGAAGGUGAGGAGAUAACAGCCAUUGAAGCGUUGAAGAGAGCUGGAAUUCCAGCUCCUUUUGAGCUGCAAGCAAAGGAAGGUUUAGCUCUUGUCAAUGGAACAGCCGUUGGUUCAGCUGUGGCUGCAACAGUUUGUUUUGAUGCCAACAUUUUGGCUCUCCUUUCAGAAGUUCUUUCUGCUUUGUUCUGUGAAGUCAUGCAUGGCAAGCCAGAGUUCACGGACCCUCUAACUCACGAGCUCAAGCACCAUCCUGGUCAAAUUGAAUCAGCUGCUAUAAUGAAGCACCUGUUAGAUGAAAGUGACUACAUGAAAGAAGCAAAAAUUCGCAACGAAAAAGAUCCACUUACAAGGCCUAAACAGGACCGAUAUGCACUGAGAACCUCUCCACAAUGGCUUGGUCCACAGAUUGAAGUCAUUCGUAUGGCAACUCAUUCAAUUGAAAGGGAAAUCAAUUCCGUGAAUGACAACCCUUUGAUUGAUGUUUCUCGGAAUCUUGCUCUCCAUGGUGGGAAUUUUCAAGGUACACCUAUUGGUGUUUCUAUGGACAAUCUCAGGAUUGCCAUUGCAGCAAUGGGAAAGCUCAUGUUUGCUCAGUUCUCUGAACUUGUUUGUGAUUACUACAACAAUGGUUUGCCUUCUAAUUUGAGUGGUGGACCUAAUCCUAGCCUGGACUAUGGAUUCAAAGGCGCGGAGAUAGCCAUGGCUGCUUAUUGUUCAGAGCUUCAGUACCUGGCAAAUCCUGUUACAACACAUGUUCAAAGCGCUGAACAACACAACCAAGAUGUGAACUCUCUUGGUUUGAUUUCAGCUAGAAAAAGUGCAGAAGCUAUUGAGAUACUAAAACUUAUGUCUGCAACUUUCAUGGUGGCUCUUUGCCAGGCAAUUGAUUUGAGGCAUUUGGAAGAGAACAUGAGACAAGUUGUGAAACAAACCGUCAGCCAGGUUAUAAAGAGGACCCUUUACAUAGCUGAAGAUGGAUCACUACUUGACUCUCGUUUUUCAGAGAAAGAACUCUUGCAGGUUGUUGAACACCAACCGGUAUUCUCCUAUCUUGACGAUCCCACCAACCCUCAUUAUGCCUUUUUGCCAAAGGUACAAGAAGUACUCGUUGCAAAAGCACUUCCAGAUUCUAAAGCUAAUGAAAAUGGCUAUUCCAUAUUCAAGCGAAUCCCGGUAUUCAUGGAGGAACUGAAAGCAAGACUAGAAGAAGAGAUUUCAAAAGCAAGGGAGAGGUUUGGUAAUGGAGAUGUUUCAAUAGCAAACAGGAUUAAGAAAUGCAGGACAUAUGCUAUAUAUAGGUUUGUGAGAGAAGAAGUGGGAACUGAAAUUCUCAGUGGCGCCAAAAAGGUGAGUCCAGGAGAGGAUAUUGAGAAGGUUUAUGAAGCCAUCAAUGAAGGGAAACUGGGAGAUGUUCUCAUCAAUUGCUUGAGCAAUCGGAAGACAAACAAUGUAGUCCCACUGCAAUUAUAAAUGUAUUUGUAGAGAAGAAUAAGAUAAUAGGGUCUCUGUUUCUGUUCAUUUUACAUUACAACUUUAAUUUUCUUGCAAUAAAAAACUCCGAAAUUCACUUGCAAUUGCCA